CUAGAUGUCCCCAAUGUCCCGCACGAAACAACACCAGCCUAGUCCAUGAGUCAGUCAGAGUGUCUCUGUCUUGAGCCGCAUCCUGGUCCCAGCCAGUGGCUCCCUCGAAGUCUUGGGGUCCCUUUUCAGGCUAGAGGAUAGCUCGAGCGCUAUCACGUACGGAGUACAUAACAGGGUCUACCGCAGUCAACCCGCAGAAUUUUUCGUAGUAAAACUUUCUCAUCUCCCGAGAGCAAGUCUUCUUCGCCGUCCAUUCCGGCCAAAUAGUUGAUCUCCUCAUUACGUCCCAGAUCAGACUCAGAAUCGCCACAAUGGUGCGUGUCCUCCAGUCCCUCCUUCUCCUGGCGGCCAGCCUCUCGACCACAUUUGCCGCCGACGAUUCCACCACCGUCGUCCAAAUCCUGAACGGCCACUACAACACCCUCGCGUUUGACGACCUCCGAGGCAGUGUCGUGGGCGGUGAUGCCCAGGCAACCACCUACGCGGUGAACUGCAAGGAGGGCUCUUCUUCGUGUCCCCUCACCAAGCCCAUCACCAUCACUCAAGGGCCUUCCACCUUCACCAUGAGCGCGGUUUACACCAUGACCACCAUGGGUGCCAAAGGAACCGGGACGAUCGUCCAAGAUUGUGAUAUUACCUCUUCGACUGCCACUGCUGUUUGCUCCGUUUCGGUCGGUGCCGCGGUCCAAUACAAAGGCCAGUCCACCACCACUUCCUUUACCACCAAAGCCACUGCCACCGGUUCUUCUGAGGUCCGCUAUGAGGGAUUGACCGUCACGGCCGGUCUGGGCAAUUUCAACAAGGCUGGCCCCACCGGCGCGACUGCGACUGGAGCGGCUGCAGACAACCACGCAGCUCGUGUGGGUAUGGCUGGGGCUGCCGCCGCUGCUGUGGCGGGCGCUCUUGUCCUGUAAUUGAUGUGCGGUUCUAUAUGGUUGGGUGUGAUUUCAAUCAGGGGUGACGAUUGUGAACGACGCUUAGUAUUUAAUGCUUCUGUUAAUACCCACUUCAUAAUAUUUCAUAUUUGAUUCUCCAUAGCAGCCAACGGACUACAUUGUAACCAGAUGUCAUGUGUCUCUCCAUAUCCCGCUCAACGUAGAUACCGGGUGAGCUGUCAACGGCUGGAUAGCACGCAAAUGAACUGCAAUCUUUCCUGGU